AUGGUGCUCGCGGCUCGUUCCAUAUUCAUACUGCCCUCGGCGGCCGCGCCCGCACAAAGGGACCGGACUGCCGCCGCGAGCGCACGCCCACGCACGCACGCACGCACGCACGCACACGCAAUACGCAGCCUGGCGCCGCCGCUCGAUACAGCCCCCACCUCGCGGGGCGGGUUUGCGCGCAGCACGCACGCCGCCAGCGCAGACACACACAGCGGCCUACCGGGCGAAACGCCGCCGAUUGCCUACCAGCGACAAGUGUGGUUCCAGAACCGGCGCGCCAAGUACCGCAAGCAAGAGAAGCAGCUGCAGAAGGCGUUGGCGCCGUCGGUGCUGCCGGCCUGCAACGGCGCCAUGAUGCGCAACAUCUACCCCACGGCGUCGCGCGGCUACCAGCCCUACCCACACCCCAACACCAUCAACACCAUGAACAGGUACCCCCAGAUGACGGCCAGCUCGUACCCGGGCAUGACGCAGCCCUUCAGUAUGACGCACGGAGCCACCAACAUGACCGCGGCUGCUGUCUCUGGGAUGCGGCAGGACGCCAUGGGCAUGACUGCCGAGGACGAGUGGUACAACAAGAGCCUGUCCGCGCUGCGCAUGAACUCGACGCACCACCCCAACCUGGCGGCGCCGAUGCUGCAGUACCAGACGUAA